AUGGUGCUCAAGGCGCGUGGGCGAGGGAGCCGCAGCCAAGUUACUGCCGGCGUCAUAGCCAUCAUGGCAAUAACCAUGGCUAUGAGCACCACGGUAUGGUGGACCACAGUAUCAUCAGGCCCCUUCGCCCCCGGUCUCGACUACAAGGUGGGUUUUGACAUCUCCUCUGGCGGGACGGACCUCAACUUGCUCUGGCCGGACCCGUCCCGCUUCGCCAACGUCACCGCGCACGUGCGCGUCUACGACCUCUACCUGCGGGCAAGCCGCGUCAUCGAUCCUCCCGCCCUUGGGCAGACGUCGCUGUGGCUCACGAACUUUGUUCCAGAGACGGCCGUUCUCGUGCAGGCCAACCUCACAGUGGCGCUGACCGACACCAACACCAACGCGACAAUCGGCGACUUCGCAUUCCCGAUCGGCACCAACCGGUUCGCCGUGGACAACGCUACCAUGAUGGAGAGGAAGACGAUCAUGCUCACGGCGCCAGCCAGACGCCACUGGCGGGUAUGCACGAAGGCAGGCCGGCAGUUGCGGUUCGAGGGUUUCUUCCUCCCCUCGCACCUCUACUUCUGCGCCUUCGAGACGUCGACGCCCGACGUCAGUCUCCAUCAGGUGAUCAAUGAGCGCCGCCGACGGCCCCUGUCGGCAACGGUGCUGGAGUGCCCGUUGCCCGGUGAUUGGUAUCCUCCCAAGGUCGUCGACACGAUCGUCGUCAGCCGCAUCCACGUGCGGGACGUCACGCGCAGCGUCUUCCGCGGACCCAUGGUGGCCGAGUUCAACGUGUCCUUCACCAUGGCCCGGACGUGUGACGACGUCGUACCACCACCAUCAGAGGACUGGACACGGGCCAUCGUUGGAACGGGCGUGGCGCUGACGGGCGUCUGUCUGUUGGGUCUGGCGGCCGGUCUCGUGGCGGUCAUCUGGCACGUGUACAACCAACUGGUGGACGGCGACGAACUGUUGGAGAGAGGCAAGACCCAUGAUGUCUCCUUGCCGCUCGAGUAA